AUGGAAAACACUAAUCCUAACAUAACCGCACGGACAAAGAAGGUGACCAAUAAGAUGAGUGAUAUUGCGGGAUUGCAUCUGUGUGAAGGUUGUAGGAAAGUAAAUGAAGAAAGAAUAAAAACACUGACUAAUUAUGAGGAGGAAGGAUUGCUUGUUGCUAUCAAACAGUUAGAAGAAAAAAUGGCAAAUGAAGUCAGAUGUCUAACUCAGAUGAUGGAAAAAGUCACAUUUAGAGAAGAGAUGCUAAAAGAACAGAUGAGGGAACAAACUAACUUGAAGAAUAGUCUCAAUGAGGUAAAAAAUCAGGUAGCCAAGGAAGAGGAAAUGACAAAAAAGUGGAAUGAAGUAGUUAAAGGUAAUAUUGAGAGUUUGACAACAAAUGUCAAGGAAAUACAUUCAUCGGUGCUGGACACAAAAAAUCAUCUGGAUGUUGCUAAUGAAAGAGAUAUCCGUCGAAACAAUUUAGUCAUUUUCAACAUACCAGAAAAUGAAAGUUUUUCUUGGAAAGCUGAUAAAGAGAAAAUGCUUCAGUUGUUGAAAGAGAUAACUGAUGAAAACUUGGAGAAGAAGGUUUCAAAUGUAUUCAGACUCGGUAAAAGGGUGAACGAUCAAAAGCCAUGGCCUAUUUUAAUUAAAUUAUUGAAUUUAACUACUAAAAACCUGAUACUAGAAAACUGUUUCAAACUGAGGAGGAGUAAAUCAUUCAAUGGAGUCUACAUUAACCAUGACCUUAUUAAAUUAGAUAGAUAUAUUUGUAAACAGCUUCUCGAUGAUAAAAAGAAGAAAAUUGCAGAAAAGGACGACAUUAAUAACUGGAUAUUUAAGAUAAAAGGACAACCAGAAUUGAAUCUAUUUUUAGAUGCAUCGGAUUUAAAGUAUGAUUUUAUAGUUAUAAAUGAAGUAAACCCUAAAAAUGUUAAAAACUCUUCAUGGAACAUUAACGAAUUUAAUUUGCCUGGAUAUAGUUACCUGGUUUCAAAUUUCUGCAAAGCAAGUUAUCGAGGUAUUAUGUUAUAUUACAAAAUCAAUUUGCAGCUGUUUAGUGUUCAACUGGAUUCCAUAUUUGAGGAAUAUUUGUGUGCCAGGAUUAACGUCAGAGAUCAAAAUUUAAAUUUAAUGGUAAUUUACAGAAGUCCUAAUUCAAGUAAUGAUAAUAAUGACAAUCUCAUUGGUGUCUUGAAUGAGUUUGGUGAUUUGUCUGGUAGACAUCUUGUUUUGGGUGAUUUUAAUUUUCCAGAUAUAGAUUGGAAGCUGAGAGUUUGUGCAGGUUCUGACUACAAGACUGAAAAUAGAUUUUUGCAGCUUAUUGAUGAUAGGUUUUGGCUGCAGCAUGUCAACGAACCAACAAGAUAUAGAGCUAACAGUAUUCCUCAUGUUUUGGAUUUAAUUAUCACGUCUGAAGAUUGCGUAUCAGAUUUACAAGAUCAUAUAUAUAGUAAAGUUAAGUUAGCCAACACAAUGUUGGGCAUCAUAAACAGGCAUUUUAGACUUAUUGAUGAAGAAGCUUACCUAUGUUUCUACAAAGGCUUGGUCAUACCACAUCUAGAGUAUGCGGUACAGGUUGCCGGCGAGAACUUGAUCAUUGGCGCAUGCUGGUUAAAACUAGUUGAGCAGUUAACAUGA